AUGUUUGUUAAUCAAGUUAUUGAAUCCCCUGCAAAAGAAUUUCAACAAAGGCGUUUUAUACUUUUAAAAUAAAUAGGACAAGGGAUUGAGGGGGAAGUAUUUGAAGCAAAAGUUGAAAAUUAAUCAUUUUAUCAAACUAAUGUUGCCAUUAAAUUAUAUAAAGAAUUUAAAGAAAGAGAAGAACAAUUAAUUGAUUGGAUUCUUGAAUACUAAAAAAAAGAUGAUGGUAAAUAAUCGUUUCUUGUUAAAAUUUUUGAACGUAUAAUGUAUAAUAAUUAAACAUAUUUGGUUAUGGAAUUAGGAUAAUGUUCCUUAAAAUAAUUUCUGGAUUCGAAGACAUUAAAUUAUGACGAGAAAGUAGAUAUAUGUUUUCAAAUUUCAAAAUCAAUACAAUUUCUUCACAAUAAUCAUUAUCUUCAUAGAGAUAUCAAACCAGAAAAUUUUAUUAAGUUUUAAAAUUAAUUCAAGUUAACUGACUUUGGAUUGACUAAACAAUCUAAGACGAUCUAGUAAAGACUCGAUUCAAUUGUUGGCACUCCAUAAUAUCAAGCACCUGAAACCAAAACGGAAAAAUACUCUCAAGAAAUUGAUAUUUGGUCUCUUGGUUGCACAUUUUAUGAAAUAUUCUAGAAUGAGCCAUUUUUUAAAGGGAAAAACCAUAAAGAGAUAGAAAAAUAACAAAAACGUUUUAAAGAAAACAGAGAAAAGUAUUUAGAAGAAGUAAAUUUAGAUAAAAUUGAUAAUCAUUGGAAAAUUCUAAUCAUAAAAAUGCUUAAUAAACCAGAAAAUAGACCAAAUAUAAAAGAUGUUGUUGAUGAGAUUUAAAAUAUCUAUAAUUAACUUCCUUUCGGAAAAAAUAUCUUCAACUACUUAAAUAGAGAAGAUAAAUUUUAUACAAUAUAUGAGAAUUAAAAAGAAUAUACAUUAGUAGUUUAUGGGAUUGGUACAAUAAACUAAGAAUUUAUAAAUUGGUUGAGAAGCCACUAACAUGAUAACAAAAUAGACAUUCCAUUACAUACUAAUAUUUAAGUUAAUCAUAUUAUUGAUAAUAAAGGAUAUUUAGUUAUGGAAUCACUAUCAAUUGAAUUGUAAGAAUAUCUUUAUCAGAAGAACAAUUUAAGCUUAUAAGAAAAACUUUUAAUAAUAUUAGAUAUUUCUAAGUCCAUAUAGUAUCUUCAUUAAAAUAAUUAUUGUCACACAGAUAUUCAUUUGGAUUAAUAUUUUAAAGUUAAUAAUAAUUGGAAACUUGCCAAAUUUCAUUCAAUUUCAAAAUACUAACCUGAACAACAGCCAUAAACAGAUUUUCUUGAGUUGGAUGCAAAAUAAAAAGAUAAAUUCCGUUUAGGCUGCCUAUUUUAUUAAAUUCUUUAAGGAAGUGUGUUAUUUGGAAGUAGAUCCUUAUAGGCUAAUUAGAAAAGACAAAUUUAGUCGGACAUAAGUAAUUAUUUAAAUUAGAAAGAACAAAUCUUAAAUAAAAUCAAACAGAUUCAAUUUGAAUAAUUAAUUCUACCAAUGCUUUAAUCUAUUGAUGAAUCAAAUUCAAGCAUUGAUUUAAAUUAAGUUAUUAAAUUUAUUUAAGAUUACCUUAAUAACUAUCAAUAGCAAGUAAAUUCAAUUUUUGAUGCUCCAACAGGGUAGUUUCCAAAACGUUAUUUUGUUUUAAGUAAACUUAUAGGAGAUGGAGGAGAAGGAGCUGUUUAUUAAGCAAAAGCAGUAAAUGAAACAUUUUACUCAACAGAAGUUGCAUUGAAAAUUUAAUAAAAAAUGAAAGAUCAAGAACUCUAAUUUAUUGAUUAUUUGAUUGAUUACUAGAAAAAUAAGGAAUAAACUGCAUUUCAAAAAAGCAAUUUGAUUAGAGUCUAUGAAAGGUUUGAAUAUUAAAAGUAAUAAGUAUUGAUUAUGGAACUUGGAAUUAAAGAUAUGAAUUCUGUUUUAAAAACAAACAGAAUACCAUAAUAAUAAAAAGAAUAAAUUUGUUAAUAAAUUGCUUAAUCAAUUGCAUUUCUUCAUAAAUUAGGACUUAUUCAUAGAGAUAUUAAACCUGAAAACUUUAUAUAAGUCGGUUCCAUAUACAAAUUAAUUGAUUUUGGUUUAGUAAAACAUGGGGAAUAAAAUUUAAGAAAGACAAAAAUGGUAGGAUCCCCACAGUAUUAAGCACCAGAGAUAAUCAAUGGAUCAGAUGAUUAUACAGCUUCUGUUGACAUUUGGUCUUUAGGAUGUCUAUUCUUUGAGAUAUUCAAAUAAUCUCCUUUAUUUAAUGGUUCAUCUAUAAGGGAAAUAUAAUAAUCAAUUUUUAAUUAUUGCCAAAACUAACAAUAAGUACGAUUUGAAAUUCAAUAAUUACAAAUCAGAGAAGAAUUAAAAAAUUUACUUUCAUAAAUGAUUGAUCCAAUACCUCACAAAAGACCUAAUAUAGAUUCAGUUUAAAAAUAAUUAUAACUCAAAUUCCCAUAGUCAAUAAAUUUGGUUUAGAGCACUACUCCAUAUCAAUGA